AUGGUGUACUUGCGCGAAAUGUUUGUCUUGGAGUUCUACAUAGCCAACAAAACCCACGAGGCGUCCGCUCUCCGUGCAGUACAGCGCUUUCUGCAGCGCCUUGGCUACAAGCGUGGCAAGAAGAAGGGUUGUACGUCGUAUCACUUGUCCACAAAGAACGCCCUACUCCAUGACGAACAGGCAUUGGGCGCUAAGGUCCAUUGCAUGGACAACAAGCUCCUGGGCCUCGACAUCCUCACUGGCGGCAAAUUUGGGAAAUUGCUCUCGGAGAUGGACCAGCUCCAAGUGACCAACGCACUGAUCGUCAUGGAUAAUGCAAUAUUCCACAAAGGGUGCCCUGCAGACACUCCAUCAAGCAGAAUGCGAAAGAAGCGUUUGCAGGACUAA